UGGCCGUGCGCCCGGAGGCAGCGGCGGCGGCGGCGGCGGCGGCGCAGCGGCGACAUGGCCAUCGUCUCUGAAGAUGACUUUCAUCACAGUUCAAACUCUACCUACAUAACUGCAAGCAGCUCUCUCCAAGCUGAGCAGGAGUCACUGCCUGAAAAACAGCUGGACCGCCUGCCCCCUGGCCUCCAGAGGCCUGAGGACCGCUUCAAUGGUACCUACAUCAUCUUCUUCUGCCUGGGCAUGGGCUGUAUGCUGCCAUGGAACUUCUUUGUCACUGCCAAGGAGUACUGGAUGUUCAAACUGAGCAAUUCCUCCAACCCAGCUACAGGGGAGGACUCUGAGAACUCAGACAUCCUGAACUACUUUGAGAGCUACCUCGUCAUCGCCUCCUCCGUGCCUUCUUUGCCGUGCCUCCUGGCCAACUUCCUGCUGGUCAACAGGGUUUCAGUCCAUGUCCGCAUCCUGGCCUCUCUGACCGUCAUCUUGGCCAUCUUCAUGGUGAUGAUCGUGCUGGUGAAGGUGGACACCUCCUCCUGGACUGGUGGCUUCUUUGUGGUCACCAUUGUGUGCAUGGUGAUCCUCAGCAGUGCCUCUACCGUCCUCAACAGCAGCAUCUACGGCAUGUCGGGCUCCUUCCCUAUGAGGAAUUCCCAGGCACUGCUAUCAGGAGGAGCCAUGGGUGGAACCAUCAGUGCUGUGGCCUUGCUGGUGGACCUGGCAGCAUCCAGUGAUGUGAGGGACAGCGCCCUGGCCUUCUUCCUGACUGCUGCCAUUUUCCUUGCGCUCUGCAUGGGGCUGUUCCUGCUGCUGCCCAGGCUGGAGUAUGCCAGGUACUACAUGAGGCCUGUUUGUCCAGCCCGUGGGUUUUCUGGUGAAGAGGAGCUGCCCCGGGACAACCUCAGCUCCCCUUUGGUGGCCCCUGGACCCAGUGAGUCCCACGCACCACCCCUCCGUCCCAUCCUGAAGACAACAGCCAACCUGGGCUUCUGUGUCCUUUAUAUCUUCUUCAUCAGCAGCCUCAUCUACCCCGCCAUCUGCACCAACAUCGAGUCCCUCCACAAGGGCUCGGGCUCACUGUGGACCACCAAGUUCUUCACGCCCCUCACCACCUUCCUCCUAUACAACUUCGCUGACCUGUGUGGCCGGCAGCUCACAGCCUGGAUCCAGAUGCCAGGGCCCAAGAGCAAGGUGCUCCCGGGGCUCGUGCUGCUUCGGACCUGCCUCGUCCCCCUCUUUGUGUUCUCCAACUACCAGCCCCGGGACCACCUGCAGAUAGUGGUCUUCAAGUCCGAUGUCUUCCCCAUAAUCUUCUGCUCCCUGCUAGGGCUCAGCAAUGGCUACCUCAGCACCUUAGCUCUCAUCUAUGGGCCAAAGAUUGUGCCCAGGGAGCUGGCUGAGGCCACGGGUGUUGUGUUGUCCUUUUACAUAAACGUGGGCUUGCUGCUGGGCUCAGCCUGUUCUUCCCUGCUAGGACACCUCAUCUAGGAGGGGCACUGUGAGGACGUCCAUGCUGCCUGAUGCUUCGGAGCCCCUGGAAGAUGGGAAGGGAGAGCCUGGAUGACUCAGGGGGCGUGGAGGAAGGUGCUAGACUUCUGUUUGGUGCAGAGCAGAGCACCCUCAGGCCGUAUCUCUCCCAAGAUGCCAGUGAUCCUUGUCCUUGCACAGGGCAGAGGCAUGGAGAUACAUUAACAGAGCCAUUUGAAGCCAUUCCAGAGACAUGUGAAGAAGACACAGUUAGAGAGCAGGGGCUCACCUUCCUAGCUAGUGGUUUACAUUCCACCUUCUCUAUAGCCCCUCAGAAAGGUGUUGCCAGCAUCUGAGUUGGUACAAAGCCCGUGCCAAAACCCGGCUGCAGGCUCUUUGCAUUCUUCCAGCCUUACUCCUAGCUGACAGCAAGAUGCGAGAGAAUUUCAGCCCUCCGUACCCUGAGGGGACUCCCCUGGAAUGGAGGGUAUGGUCAGUAUUCAGGCCCUUGACCCAAGUGUGAGCAAACCCCUCCAUUCUGUGGGUGAAAGAUCACCCACCAACCAGCCCAGAAAGAUGUAGUUCCUUCCAGAGGGCCCCAGAGGGUCUCCGUGUGCUAGGGACCCAGUGUGUUAGGCCUGGGUUUUCAAACAGAUCCUAUGACCUGGCAGUCAGUGGUCUGGGUCAGGGCAGGGAUCUUUUAAUCUUCAUGUUUACAACAUUGAGAAGAUGGCCCUUGAACAACAUGUCCAAGGCCAUUGGUUUAAGGGUAUAAAUAAAUACUUGAGUAUUCAA